CAGCCGCAAACCAUCGUCGAUGUUUUGUUUUGAUUUUGUAAUCGGUCAGUGUUUUGAUAGGGAAUUCUUUUCAUUAAUUGAGUAUUGCCUCGCGUGCGAUAGUGGACCGUUACCCGUAAUUCGAAAUAGUGAUUCACUGCUCAACGAUGGCAGCCAGCGCAACCGACAGUUUCGGUUUCAAUAAGCUAAAAUUAUUUCAGCUUGCUCGCGAUUGUCUCCCGGACGACCGGAAGAAAACACAAAAUUUAGUGGAAAUUAAAGAUGAUAUGUUGUUUGUGUGGAACCAGAAAAAUUGUUGUGUAUUGGUUCUCAACUGGAGGGUAGUAAACAUCAGACAGCACGAGCGGGAGAAGUAUCAGAUGCUAAUUCCAUCGGCCUCGCAAAACUUUACCGUCGAGAAGAUCCUGCCAUCGACGGAGACCACUUUCCUGGCCCUAAGUGGCCCUCGAGGACUUACGAUCCUGGAGCUGCCUCGCCGCUGGGGACACAAUGGGCAGUACCAGAACGGGAAAGAGUGUAUCAUUUGUCGUUCAUACAACCUGGACGAACACCUAUUCAUCGAAAACACAAAUCUAGAAAUUCUGCAAAUCCGCUGGCAUCCGGCAUCGCCCACCGAUUCCCACAUCUUGGUGCUUCUGUCGGACAACUCGAUUCGCGUCUACGACGUGAACUCGUUGCGCCAUGUGUGGCGUGUUGGCCCUUCACCUUCGCUGAUCAACGGUGGCGUUAGCAAACUACCAGCAACCCCGGCAUCCGCGACCGGCGCUGGAUCCUGCUCGUCCUCCUCUUCAUCGGCAAAACUGGCCUAUCUGAACAGUCUCGGUGAUACGGCCGUUGAUUUUGACAUCGCUCCACCGCGGGUGGUUUCGGUGGGCGCCGACACCAACGACACUCUGUCCGCGAUGACCGGCAUGAUGCGAUACAAUCUGAACAUUUCUUCGAACGAUGUCGGAGCGCCGGCCAACAGUAAUCAGGACACUUUCAUAAAAUCUCCAAGAUCCGACAACGACCGCGUCGAAUGGCCAAUUGUGAUUUUGCGUGGCGACGGAAAUGUGUACAUUCUUUGUGCCGGUAUUGACACCGACCGGCCCAAGCUGCAGGGUCCGAUUUCGAUUUUUCCCCAAGUGGACGACAACUACGGGCUGGAUUCGUGUUCGUUGGUCGUGAUCCCGUCCCAACCAGCAACGGUCAUAAUUGCGGAGAGUACCGGCAAAACACAUCACGCUCUGCUACUGGAGGAAGAAAGUCCAUCGGAACGUUCGUUCACGGAGUUGGAUUCCAGUUUCAUUAUCUAUCCGUCUGAGUGGUACUUGCAAGUGUUGGAAACUGUCGAGCUUGAAUUGGGACUAACCGCAGUGGAUGAAGCGAAGACUUACACUUGUCCGAUAUACUUGAAGCGUGAUUUGCUCAACGAAUCUCGCUAUUUCGCAUACCACAACGCCGGGCUUCAUGCCAUUACGUUAGAUUUCACCCGACAACUAAGACAGUUUGUGAACAAUGACGAGGAUCUAAGUGAAAAAUAUCCACUGUUCAACUCGCAGAGUCGAGCAGAAUAUUUGGUGUGUACGAAAGCCCUCCAGAGUAUGAACACCAAUGCGGUGCUUGGUUUUGCGCUGCUACAAUCUCCAGCAGGAAUUCUACUAUUCCUAGCAUCCGGACAAGUUGUCACGAUGGAUUUGAUUAGCGAUCCCUGUUUGAUUCGCGACUGGAAGGUGAAAUCCGGAGGUAAAGCCAACUCAGCCACGGGUUCCUCGGUUGAGAAAUUACUCAAAGACUCCUUCCAAGACCGUAUUCAAAUGAUACUGAAAACUGGAACCACUCAACCAUUGCUGAAACUAGAUCUGUCAUCGGAACCAACCCCACAGGAAUCGUUCGAACUGUUAACACAGGCAACUCGGAUGUUACGGGACUACUACUUCGUUAAACACGAUAAGGUACGUCAGGAGAUCGAGAAACGGGUUCACGUACUGCGGCUACUUAAAGACCAACAGCUUAAUGAUAUCGCUCAACUGCAGAAGGAGAAACAACAAAUUCGUGAUACCGCUGAACGGUUGGCGGAAACCUAUGAAGACAUUUGCGACAAACAAAACGCUCUGUUCAAAAGAGCACAGGAGGUGGUUCGUCUGGCAACACUUCGCCUACCGAAAGGAUCAUUCUCGGAGAAAAAGUAUGCGGAAAUGAUCGAAAAAAUUGCCAGUGCCACGAAACAACUGCAGAAAAAUGUCGACCAGGCCAAACAGAAGGUUACCGCCCAGCAGGUGCAGGUAGAACAGAACCAAAAAUCAAUCAACGAACGUACGGUUACGUUACCCAGUAAACAGGAGAAAAUUGUUAAGCAAAUAAUCGGUGAAAUGUAUACUCAACUGGAAGAUAUGGCAAAAGAUGUCAAGAAAAUGAAUACCAUACUACGGGCAUAAAAAUCAAUUCAUUCAAAGAAAAACUUUUAACAGCAACUUUGGCAUUAUAUUCUUAUUUAACAAACGACCAUUCAAGAAUGUCGCUAAUUUUAGUGUUACCCUGUUACAAUCACAUUAGCAUCUACAAUACGAUGUUUUAUGAAUUUCAACAAAUAAAAUGACUCUUUUUACAGGAUUUUGGCAUUAUUCCUAACUGUUAGAAAUUUACCCGUAAUUAUUUGUUUCAAAACAGUGAAAAAAAGCAGAGGAAUAGGUACUGUGUAACUCAAAAACAAAACAACGUAAAAUAUUUCAAGAUAAUACAUAGAAAUGGUGACUCUGAGAACGAUUAAAUGGCCACAAUAACACAAGCAACGA